CUCUCUCUAGUUUCUUUCACCAAGGUACAUUUCUCUUUUUCUCUCAAACUAUACCAAUCUUCAAUCCCUUGACUUCUCCUCCAACUUAAUCUCCAAACCCAUCCCCCAAGAUUUGUAAUACUUGGUCAAUCUAGCAAUUUUGAAUCUCUCCCCCAAUCGACUUAACCAUGAGAUCUUUCCAUAGCUUGCAUUGUGCGCUUACCUAAACGUCAUAGAUCUUCAUGACAGCUUGCUUUUUGGGUAAAUUCCUUGCAAUUGGGUCUCCUAUACACCUGGAUGCUUUUGAUGUUUCAUUAGAUAAGCUUUCUAGUCCCAUUUUGGCUUCUUUAGGGAACAUAAGCAGUGAUUUUCCAAGAUUUAACGCCAGCUCUUUUGAAGGGAAUAAGGAUCUCUAUAGCCUUGCCCGAUUCUGCUCUUCUUCUCCUUUCUUCCCGCUGCAGCCCAAGAAGAAACCCAGGCCCCCCGACGCACCUCCCCUUAAGAAAUUGGUAAAAGCUUGGAUUUUUCUCUUCUUUUCUUGUUCAAGAACAAGAUUUAGGAGCUUGAAAUCUUUCCCCUCGGCAGAAAAUCCCGGAUCUGCUCUGUUCUUCCUCCCCUGCUGCGGGUUUCAGCUUGGUGAGGGUGGGGGAUCCUUCGGUUUUCUGCCCCGUGAGUUCCCGGCACUGCCGCCGACUUCUUCCCCAAUCUGCAGCUCCGGUUCCUUGCUUGCAAAUUCCGGUUCUUGAUCCGUGGGGUACUUUAGUACGUGAAUUGAAUGCUCGGUUUUAUGAAAUUUGAGGUAAGUAAAUUUAUGGUAAUGCCCGUACAGUUUUAAAAGCGUGUUUUGAUUUGUUUUUGAAAUGGUGGCGGACUAAACCCGUUUUAUACAAAAUAAGUAUGACUGAUUUGAACUGAAAAUUUUUAUGAUUUUUAUGGAUUUGAGCAUGCCUGCUUGAAGUUCAUGUGAUUGUCUUGAUGAUUUGAAAGUUAUUUGUAAAGAAUGAUUUUUUUGUUAAAUUCAGCCUGUUUUGUCUCCGAUAUGGUCAUGUUAUCCUGUUGCCCGCUAGUGGGAGGUUUAUAAACGUUAGCACAUGUCGACAUGUUACUGAUAGAACCGGUUCGUUUCUGUUAUCCUGCUAGUGGGAUUAAACACUAGUAAUUUCUGUUGCCCGUCAGUGGGAGGUUUAUAACAUUGGCCGUGACGUAUAGCGGAGACGUCUAUUUCGUUCCCGUACUUGUAUCCGUUUUUCUGAUUGCACGUGUUGACAUGCUAUAAGUUUAAUUGUCUUCUAUUGAACCUUAUUCUGCAUAAUGGUUUAUCAUUGAACAUUCCGUUUAUGUUUAAACUGUUUAUCUGAAAUGCUCAAAUUCUACCCACGGGUUAUCCAUACAUUUACUUACUGAGAUAUUUUAUCUCACGUUUUUCCUUGUCCACCAUUUCAGGGAGUGAGAUCCGACGCAUGGGGAGCCCGAGGGAGUGACGAGUUAGAAGGCUAGCCAUUUCGAGAUCGAUAUAGAUUUUAUAAAUAAAUCAUGAUCUUGUAUUUGGAGAUUUCAAUUGGAGAUUUAUGAUAUUAGAGCAAAUUAUAAAAUUUGAUCUUCAGA